AUGGGCUGCAACAGAGAGCCUAGCCCCCCAGCACCAUGGGCGCUGGAAGACCCUGAGAAAGGCGGGAAGCAUUUGAAGCGGCGGCUUGUAGAAGUGGCAAAGAAACCAGUGCGGAGGCGCCGAACGCUUGAGGGGUCGCAGUCUAGCUUCAAGGAGGACUCGGAGCCAAUGUCAAGCUGGUCUGAGCCUUAUGGAAAUGAAAAGUUUGCUUUGUCUGCGGAACCCGUCAGAAGCGAAACCCUAAUCAAGGGUAGCAGGAGUGUGUCGACCGCAGGGAGCAGCAAGCUCGUUGCGCGCGAGAUUGUGGGAAAGCAGGACGUUCCAAAACACAUUAGUGGGACGCUUCUGCAAGCAAAGGCUGCCAGUCUGCCGCAAUCGCUGAUGCGCCCUGUCGCUCAAGCACGAAAAGAGGCCAGUGCACCUGCAAAGCGUGCGGUGCCGGCGAGCCGUAAGCAAGCCUCUGCAAGUCCAGGCAAGAGAGCACUUAUCCUGGUAGCAACGAGUCAAGGGAUGCGAGGGGCAACCGACACUGACAGCGAGCAACUGCACUCAGAAGCAUGUGUGGAAACUCAGGAAAGUCAACUGGGGGCAAACUCAGACAGGCGAGCCGGGAGCUUAGGCGGGAGGGCAAUGCCCAGGGCUGCGGCAAUAGGAAGCUUUGGUGAGGAUGAUAUAGCGACUCCGGAGACUAGCGACAGCCAGCCAGCGGAAAGUUGCGGGGGGGUAGCGGGGCCCAAGGCUGAGCAGGGCGGUGAUGAUGUCAAGAUGGAGCGGUUGUACGACUUCUUCGGCCGCCCGUUCAGGGUAUACGUGCCGGCAAGGUUGUGGGGACCAGGUGUGGAGAAUACUCCUGAGCUUCAAGAGCAACGGGAGAGGGAGAGCCGCCUGGUCCUGUCGGAGCUGGGGACCAUGAUCGGCUUGAAGAAUGCACGGCAGUACAGCCCAGAGUUCGCGCUGAGCAAGAUGGCGGACGAGAAGGUGAUCAACCUGACGUCCUUCGAGCUGGCAGACAAGUUCCUGGCCAAGGUGACCAAGAACGAGGCCACCAGGGAGCAGCUCAGGGCACACCUCCGUGACGUCACCCUGCCGCGCCUGCGCGACGGCACGCUGGAUGCGACGCCCAAGGAGGAGGAACUGGACCCAACUCCCAUCCUAGAACUCGCCAACAUGGUGAUUAGCAUGCACGAAACCAUAAGGUCCACCAUCGGCGAGCUGAAGACGCCGGUCGACUUUGAGACUCAGAUCGUGAAGGAGACGCGCGCGCUGGAGCAAGCGACGCUGGAGAUCGUGGUGGUUGGAAAGCCCGGGAGUGCCAAGAGCUUGACCUGCAACAGGUUGGUGGUUCCCGGGAGCGAUGGAAUGGACGGUCCCUUCCACCCGGUCCCCGAGUCUCGCGACCACGGGACCGUAGUCCCGAUCUUCGUCUGGAAGUCCAAACGGCCGGGCCUGACGACCCACGUGAUCGGGUGGCGCAAGGAGCGGUACGUGAAGCUGGUGGAGCGACGCUUCCUGGCGGGGGGGAUCAGUGGGGACGAGCUCAAGUUCCAGUACAAGUGCGAGCGGGUUCAGAAGGGGGACAAGUGGGAGAUGGUGUGUCACUGCGUGGGGGACCGUAUGGUCGUUCCGGCCCUCGAGGAAGCCAUUCCGGGGGUCGAUUCCGCCGGAAGCAGCCCCAAGGACCGCGCGCGCUUCUACACCAGCCGCAUCCGGGAGGGGUACACGCCAGCGCAGCAGCUCAUGAUCGAAAAGAUCAGGCUGGAGUCCAACGCAUGGGAGGGCCUCGAGGAAAGCUGGGAGCUGGGCGAUAUGGUUGGCUUCAAGGAGCAGGAGACCGACUUGUCGGACGUCCGCGGCGUGACGGACGACAUUGUGCGUGAGGGCAUGCGUGGUGUUCCGGUCAUUGUGCACUGCUGCGGCGACCGGGAGCGGAGCGAAGUGGACGGAAUUCUGCUGCUCAAACUGGGCAUCUUCGACGGAACGCCGGACACGUUCCCCGUCGUAGUCUGCCCCGAGAAGCCCAGCGCGGAGCAGACCACCGAGAAGAUCUGGCAGGACAACGUGAUUGCACUGACUGGCGGCAUCAAGAAGCCGGAGCGGCUAGCGGCGCGCGCAGUGCCAAACCUCCAGCACCUCAUCCAGCAGCAAGAGGCCAUCGUGUCCCAUCUGCACGACGCACUCAUCGUCAUGCAGCCCGUGAAGCCGCUCAACUGCCCAGAGCUAAAGGACCGUAUGAUGACCACGUUCAUGCGUAACAAGACGGGCUCCCUCUCUAAGAGCAUCUCCAUCUGGCUCAAUGUCGCCACCGGCCAGCUCAAGCGGCAGGCGCCACACAACCCCUCCCCGGAACUCCCGGCCAUAGCUCAGUCCGCUGUCAUCGAGCAAAAGCUGAACCAGAUUCUGCGACGGGACAGGAGGGACUUCCUCGCACAUUUCUGCGAAAAGACGUUGCCCGAGCUUGAGAGGCGCGUGGAGGAUGACCUGGAGGAGGCUGCCAGCCGGGUCGCGGACGAACUGCUGGAGCGGAUUCCCCCUGAGGCGCUAGAGACCAGGGAGGCCCGCGUGAAUGCGUUCCGUGCGGCUACUAUGGGGGCGGUUCAGUUUGGGAGUGACAUCGCCGUCUGCCUCCAUAAGUUUUUCUCGGAUCUGGUGGACCGGGGUUGUGAGGACCGCAUCCAGAAGCAGAGCGUGCUUCUGGAAAAGGUCUACAGGCUGGAGUCGGGCAGGACGGAGGAGACCGACAACGCAGAGGGGGCCCUGGUGUACUUCACGCGAGCGGCGCGCGUGUACAUCGAGAGCCAGUGCCAGCGCAUCAAGGACGGGUCUUCUGCUAUCGAGACGGCCAUCCGGUGGGGCGCAGAGGAGCCGAGCACCAGCGAGUCGACGGACUGGUGCCACAACGUCCCGCAGUUCAUCACCAAGGCGUGCUUCGCGGCGAUGCAAUCUGCGCUGGAGAAUGGAGAUGCCGACCACAUCCGGCAGUCCUUCAUCUCCGACGUCCUGGUACGCUUUGCCGGCCGCGACUCCCGGACGCGCCGGGAGGUGCAGCCGCCCCUCGUGCGACGGCUGCUGACGUGGGCUGAGACGUCAUGCGCGCAGCGCCUCAACGACGCGAGCCAGGAGAGCCUCCAGCCGUUGAUCCACCGGCUGCCGCUUCGGAACCGGUUUAAGCUAACCGCGAUCCGGGCGGACGUGACCAAGCUGGCGGAGGAGGUGCAGCGGCACAACAUCCGCAUGGCGCGAAAUAUAACGCACAGCGUGGCUUACGAGCAGCAGCAGCUACCGAAGCCCAUCGUGCAAGUGCGUCCCUCCAAGAGGCCGGACUUUAAGUUGUUGCCCGAGGUCGACUUCGACGGCAUCGAACAGACCACCAUCCCCGGCCACGAGAUCUCGCUCACCGAUCUGCGCCCCGAGCCACGUGGCGCGCAGACCGACCCCUCCGACUCGGCGCCAUCCACCUCGGGGGUGGAUUCGGCGCGUUAUAGAGUAAUUGGAAAGCUGCGGGUUGGGGACGAGCUGAUUCGAAAAGCGGAGGAGUACGGGAAUGUAACGAGGGAGGCGGUGAAACGGACUCUGGUGGGGGAAGCGAGGACAGCCGCGCGGGUCGUCUUCCACCUGUCGCACCUGGAGCACAACCAGAAGGAGACAAGUGUCCGGUUCGACUUCCAUUCGGACGUCCAGCAGUGCACGAGCAUCUCGUUCGUCGUCUGCAAAGAAAACGAGGCACCCCUCCAUCGACGUCUGCUGUACCGUGUCGCUGACACGUACCUGAUCACCAUCCCCGACGACAGCGGUGUCGCGGCCUACUUUGCGGCUGCCCAGAUCGUGUACUGGCGCCUGUUCACACUGGACCGAGAUCACGGCUUCGGGAGCUACCUGGUGGUGCAAAACAACAUCGAUGGCGUGGCGGAAAUGUCGGGCCGAUCGCUGGCUAGCAAGAGCAGCACACUCCAGCGGGCAGCCACCUUCCUACAGCAGACUCUGCUCCAGGAGCGGCAGCGGUCGCAGCGCGCGUUGCUCAAGGACCUGUCUUCCCGGGAGGCGCUCCUCCAUUUCUCCGACCUCCUGCUGGACGACCUGCUCGACCGGGACGUUCCCCCGGGCAAACAGCUGACCCGGGAUGAGCAGCGGGAGCUUACUCGGCUCUUUGAGACGACGUUUAGCCCCGACCGCAAGCUGCAGGACUUCCCCGUAUCCGACUUCCUCCAGCUGCUGGCCAAGUGCAAGGCCCGCCGCACGCGCCGGUGGCUCCUCACGUGCGCGCAGAAGCUGCACCCGACUCUGGGCGUCAGCAUCCACAUGCCACGUGACCAGCUCCACGUGUACAUCCGUGACGUGUACCCGGACACCGUCUUCCAGGCCAAGACCGCCGUCCCGUCCUUCUUCCUGCUCGUCGACAUGCACGCGACGCGUGUCCUGUCGCCCCUGCACGUGGCGGGCUACCGCGAGGAGGGCCACUUCAACAAGCGGCUGCUGACAUUUGCGCGGUUGUGCUUCAAGAAGCUGGAGGCUCAGGGGCGGCGGAGCCUGGCGUCGCCCGUGUUCUGCUGGCGGAACAAGACGUUCCUGCGCACCCGCACGGCGGAUGGGCUCCUUGACGAGCAGCCGAUCGAGGACCUGGACGUAACCCGCAUCGAGAAGGUGUGGCGGCAGCCGCCGGUGCCCAAAGCGUUCGUGAAACCGGAGGGGACCACCGCUCUCGACGCCAAACUCCCGGGCCCGCGGCAGCUGCGGCCGCUGGACACUCCGGUCGAGGGGAAUGGCCUAGCAGCAGCCGUGUCGUCGGUGCUGACGUCAUCGGGGGCGGUUUCGGCGGCCACGCUGCGUCAGCAAGUCGGCCAGUUCGUGAAGCAGAACUACAAGGCGCUAAGUCUGCCGGACGUCGCGUCGGCGCAGGCGGCCAAGAAGUGGGCGGAAGGCCAUGCGAAGGAAGGGUCCGGCUUGGAGCUCGACUUUGUUUAUGCGCUCGCCCAAGCCAAGGGCAUAAACGUGGUCGUGGCCCUCGUCAACGAGCACGAGCAACUUCGCUUCUACAUCGCUGAUGCUAAAGUUUCGAAUGUCUCAUAUGUUUUUGGCUUUACAGACGGAACUUACAGUCCAAUAGGAUGGCGCAAGGACCAAGAAGCUAAAGUAGAGCAAGACGGUUAACCGGAUUGGAAAGGGCCCCCAUGUGAUGUAGAGAUUUCCGUCCGUGUCACCACAACUCACAAGGAUCACGUCAAUGUUGCAAAGUUACUUGGUUUUGGCCCGGAAAGCUUCAUUUGUGCGGACACGCAGGGCAAUGACGAUUAUUGAACAUCCAUUCUUUCGCCGCGUGGUCG